AUGCUUUUCCAACAGACAGACCUCAUCCUAGAACAUCGAGAAGCACCGCAUGGCCCUUUACUUGCAGCAAAAGGCCGAGAUCGCAGAUCGGACGUCGCCAGCAUGCUGCCGGCCGCUAAAGCAUCGCUCAUCCCGGUCCCUACAGCCCUGCGUCCUGCAGGCGAGAUCAAAGUCCGUAAACGCCGCGAAAACCGAUCUUCAGCCUCAAGCACCGGAGGCGCUCUGACCAGCAUAUGUUCCGAAGGCGAGUCCGGCCUCGCUCAGCUAUGCGGCUCGCCCUUGAAUAUGUCAGUGCAGGGGUCCCCGCCAUCCAUUGUCGAACCCGAAUCCCCGACGCUCCUCCACCGAAAAUCGUCCAAGAACAGGGUGUUUUCCAAGGUGCUCGGCAGCAUUCAGGCCAGCAGAUCGAACCCGGCCCUGCAGCCGACGCGCAAUGGCCAGUCCGACGGAAGCAUCUUCCGCAAGCUGUCGAUGCGAAGGCGACCGAGUUUUCCGUCCCGCUCGAAGAGCUCUGAGUUCCAGGCUCAGCCGUCUACGCCAUCUAUUCUUACCGCGUCUUCGAGUCGUACCAAUCUCCGGCCGGGCCAGUUUUCUGCCAAAUCAUCGCGCAGCGACCCUCUCCAGCCACGUUCGACUCAGAUGGCGGACCAGACUUCCCCGCGGUCUAGGAGCGCCACACGUGAGCCACCGCCGAUCCUCUCAGUCGAUCUCAAUACGGUGACGGAAUGCGAGUCCCUCAGCCUCCACGAGGAGCGGAGCGUUUGGGUGGCUGUCGAAACACGUGGCGUUGUUCGGCCAGAUGUCAGAGAUCUCGGAGAAGAUAACAAAGGGGCAGGCUUGGACGUCGUUGUGAUCCUGGACAAUUCCCGAUUCGCGUCCCCAGACUCCCAGGAGACUGCUUGCGACGUCGCGCUCCGCAUUGCCCAAAUCAGUACCGGAGCGGACGAUCGAUUCGCGGUCUUCUGCACCUGUUGUCGCCACUUCCCGGACGAGGCGAAAACCUCGGGAUGCCUUUUGCAUCCACUUCAAGCUGUCAAUGUCCCUUCUCUCCAUAGGGAACUCAACGAUAUCAGGGCUUUGGUGGCUCGUCCACCCGCUGCCGGCACGGAGAUGAGCGAGACUCUGCAAGAAGCUAUCAAAGCUCUCUCGGAGUCGAAAAACGAAUCCGCCAAGCCUCUCAGGCUUACUCGUUGUCUUGUCUUUAUCUUGUCGCCUCGGUCUGUGGGUGGACUUGAGCGGAUGGACCAAUUUUCGGCCCUCAACGUCUAUGUCGUGUGCACAGCUGCUAUCCCAUAUCACAACGGGCUGUCAGAGAAUUCUGACCUGUGGAUGCUGCCUAGAAGCCUUUCUUCGAAUUCAUUUUCGCAGAAGGUUUCAGUUAACGAUUCAGCUCACCUCAUUUCGCAAGCGGCUGACGUAAUGUCCUACGCAAGAGAAGGACGCGUCUUCGGGUCUAUCACCGACCUUUGCGUCGACAUCAAGCCACGUCAAGGCUGCGUGGUUGAAAGCAUUCUCGGAAGUACCUCAAGCGCGAAACUCAAGGCAGGUCAAACAUUAUCUGCUCUUGUGAGAGUAAGAAUCCCAGCCGUCAUCACAAGGGAGCAUGCCGCUCACAACCCUUUGACUGAGCUCGAAGAUGCUCUCGAAGGACUGGAAACCUUGCUAGGAGAGACCGUCACAGAUGUCUUGACCAUAUCGGCUCACUACAAACAGUCAUGCUUCCCUGACAACAAUUCGAUCACAGUUGAACAAGUUUGCACCGUCCGCAGGCCCAAUCCGCUCUCUGAAUGGAGCAUCGAGCCGCCAACUGACCCUGCAGCCGCUUCAAAGGCUGAGGCCAAAAUCUACAGGAGAUUGAUAUUCCUGAUGGCCACGCAGGACCCUCCUUACAUUGCUUUGGACGCUCUAGACGCCUUCUACCGCCACAGACGCUAUUCGCUUCCAUGCUCAGGUUACAUCGAAUAUGUCCGCCGAGAGCUUGUCUAUCAGCUAGGAGCUACGCCACUUUUCAUUAAUUCUGAAGUAGACGGCUUUCCUCUACCGGCUUCUGCAUUCUCGCCAACCCUUCCCGCAGUCUUACAAGUUCCAGAAAUAGAUACCUCAUAUCACGCAAAAGACGUGGAUGGCCCUCAUCUCCGCCAGUUCGCGUCUCAGCCGCAUUUCUCUUUCGACGCACGUGACAGUUUGUGCUUCUUCACCGCCACCAACGUCCCUGCUUCGCGGCAAGCUCAACGCUCUGUCCCCGCCACACCGCUCACCGAUACCCGCAGCUGUAACCCAUCGGCUUCACCGCGCUUUUCAGACGCUCUGGACACAGAAGGCACAGCCACGGCCCAAGAAGGAAAAUGCACGUCGACGUCAGAUGACGCAGAGAGCUCUUCGUUAGACGAGGCCCGCGCCAUAUGGCGGCAUAUGCGGCGCAACGUGUCGAUCCGGGCGAGUAGUCCGAGUCGCGGUACGCCUUCAUGGCCAAUGGGGUACCGAAGCUUGGGUCAACGGACGGAGAUGGCAAGGGAAUACAGAGAACGGGAGUUGAAGAAGAAGGCUUUGGCGAAUAAGAGGAGCAUCGGUGCUGACACGCUCCGAAGCUUGGCAAUGGGCAGUGAGGCAAAUGUGAGUGAGGCGGGCGCAGCUCCGUGGUUGCUGUGA